AUGCUCAUUAGGCUCCUACCACCAGCUUCGCAUCCUACCGUGCUCUUUGCUAUCACUUUUCAGAAUCUUCCUGGUGAUUUGUUCAAUCCCCACGCUUGGACGUCGCAUCUCAGUAAUCUGAGCGUCGAUGGCGUCGAUACUCCUGAACUUGUUCAUUGUCUCGACAAGGCAGCGUUCAUUCCGAGUAUUCUGAAAGAGGUUACUUUCGAUGUACCUAUGUUAAUGAUUUCAUGUCGUUUCGUGGACGGAUCGACCGAGGAAUGGCCUCUCAGGGCUGCUAGGUGUCUACUAGCUCUCGAUAGCGUCUUGGACGACGUGAAUCAUUCCGCAGUCUUGACAGAAAGGGAGAAGGAACGGGAAAAAGUCAAAGAGAAGGAACGCAAGGACGGACUGCAGUCACUGAAUUCUCCACCGACGACGGUUAAAGUAACACGACAUAAAAAACAACGUUCCUUGCUUAUGUCUUUGGUUGCGUCUUUCGUGCAGCUACCUUCACCGCUAUCUUCCCAUGCUCAUUCUAUGUCUGAACCCAUUACUCGACUACCAUCUCUUCUUCCAUCCAAGCCUUCACCAUCGCCAAAUCCAGAGCCGGCAACUAUAUCAUCACCUCCGACGCUCACUCCGAAAGCUCUGCGUCGCCGUGCUCGCUCUACACUGGUUGAUACUUUCCGUAUGUAUGUCGUGGGCGAGCUCAACCGUCGUCUUCCUUCCGGCGGAUAUUAUCCAUGGAUCCUGAGAAGCAUGCUUCGCAGAGCUUCUGACACUAUGGCGGAUCUUCUCCAGCAAGCUGCGGAGACUAACAGCGCGUUCGUGACUAGUUCCUUCCAGGAUGAGGGAUAUUUCCCUCCAUCAUGUUUGGUUACCUCUCCAUUUUCUUCCGACGAAGACGACGCUGAUACGGAUGGGAGUUCUGUCCAUACUCCUUCCACCGCAUAUUUUAGUCUCCGAAGCAUGCAUCGAUAUUCGCAUGCACCGGAAACUCCGACGGAUUAUACAUCUGUGCCUCGCCAUCUGCAAGGACUCUCGUCUGACGAAUUGUUGGAGUAUCAGAGCCUAUCAUCACACUGCAUUCGACUGAGACAACUUCUUAUCUUACAAGAAGCAAAGGAAGAGCAUCUAGCAAACGAAGUUCGACAGCGUGAUGCUGUUUUAGAGAUUCGGAGCCGGAGGCGAGCGUGGCAGAACAAAGCUCUGGUAGCUCGUGUGGGGGACAUGAACGUCGGCUUGGCUACUCCCUACGCAAGCUCUCGAUUAGCUCAGGUGUCUUGGUCUGGCGAGGAUUAUGAGUAUAGCUCGCCGUCUUAUGACAGCAUUGUUGAAGAAGACUAUGUGAAGCAGUAUAGGGAGUACGAUGAGAAGCUGGUGUUGGGAUUGAAGAGGACGAAGGGGAGAAGUGACGCCAAACUUUUUCCUGUCAGAGAGGAAGAUGAAGAAGAGCCUUGUGAUGCGCAGGAAUAUGAGCUCGAACUUGGUCUGGACGGUCUGGAUGACGUCGAUGCGGCAUUGAGGGCAUGGAAGAUAGAAGAUGAAGACGAUUACGAGGAGGGCUUCAUCAAUUAUGCUGGAAUCGGCAAGGCGUCCAUCCAUCCCAGGAUACGGACCAACAGCAUGCACGUAAACCGACUAGGUGCAAGGCCAAAUGUUAAUGUUGAAUCUCUCCCUCGUCAUUCUUCGACUCUGAGUGCGACUUCUCUACUUUGUCAGCCGCUGAAAAUCGGGCGUCCACCCAGCUACUCCAAGAUGGACAUCUCUGGUCUGGCAUCUGGAGGAUACAAGCGGUUGCUGGGAGACAGGUUUACAUUGUCUAUGGAUGUCCCUCUUAGGAUGCAGGCCAAGGAGCAGGAUCUUUUGAUGAAACGACGACAUUCAUCUAUUCUCACGAUGGAUGCAGAUUCGGAGAGGGGCUGGCUCUCUCCUCGGUUCACAGAAGAGGUGAUUGCAUCAUAA